CCUUUAUUUUAUUUGCCAUUCCCCCCUUAACUUUAACUUUUUACCCUUUUUUCACCACCACCGUCUUCAAAAACACACAAAAACCAACCACGCCUUGUUCCCUUUCAACUUUCUUAUUCCUCUUUCACGCGCCACCACACUUGCGCUACAUUCAACACCCCAUCUCUCUAAUAUUUUUUCUUCCUUUUCUACCCCCGGGUUCCGAUUCCGGGGUGUGGUCCCCACUUUCGUGAUAAAAACCAUUUUCUCCCUUCGCUUCUGUGUCUCGAUUUCGUCAUGGGCGAUCUUCAUCUAAACGGUGCCGUUUUCGGGGAGGAUCGCCCUUACUCCUCCUCGCCGCCUUCUCCGCCGCUUCCUGUUUUAAAUCCCGAUCCGUCGUCCGUCACGGAAGAGGCUUGGUUCGCGGCUGAGGAAACUACCGCCGAUAUUCUCCGCCGGAUUCAACCUACCCUCGCCGCUGACCGGAGAAGGAGGGAGGUUGUUGACUAUGUCCAGAGACUGAUCCGUUUCGGUGCUCGCUGCGAGGUCUUUCCAUAUGGGUCAGUUCCAUUAAAAACAUAUCUUCCAGAUGGAGAUAUUGAUCUGACUGCACUUAGUUGUCAAAACAUUGAGGAUGGCUUGGUAUCUGAAGUUCAUGCUGUUCUUCGGGGAGAGGAAAACAAUGAAGCUGCUGAAUAUGAAGUGAAGGACGUUCGUUUCAUUGAUGCGGAGGUUAAGCUUGUCAAAUGCCUUGUACAGAAUAUUGUUGUAGACAUCUCUUUCAAUCAGUUAGGAGGACUCAGUACAUUAUGUUUUCUUGAGAAGGUUGACCGUCUUGUAGCCAAGGAUCAUAUCUUUAAACGUAGUAUUAUCCUGAUAAAAGCUUGGUGCUACUAUGAGAGUCGUAUUCUUGGUGCCCACCAUGGGCUGAUCUCCACAUAUGCUUUGGAAACACUGGUUCUGUAUAUUUUCCAUCGAUUUCAUGUGUCCUUAGAUGGUCCUCUAGCAGUUCUCUACAGAUUUUUGGACUACUUCAGCAAAUUUGAUUGGGACAAUUACUGUGUGAGUUUGAAGGGACCAGUUGGCAAAUCAUCCGUGUCUGAUGUAGUAGCUGAGGCACCAGAAAAUGGGGGAAAUACUCUGCUGACUGACGAAUUCAUAAGAAGCUGCGUGGAAUCAUUCUCGGUACCUCCAAGGGGCCUCGAACUAAAUUUGCGCUCAUUUCCCCAAAAACAUCUUAACAUCAUCGAUCCAUUAAAAGAAAACAACAACCUUGGCCGUAGUGUCAAUAAAGGUAAUUUCUAUCGAAUACGCAGUGCAUUUAAAUAUGGUGCCCGUAAACUUGGCUGGAUUCUUAUGUUACCGGAAGAUAGAAUAGCAGAUGAGCUUAAUAGGUUCUUUGCAAACACUUUGGAUAGGCAUGGAAGCAAUCACGGGAAUGAAGACAAUUCAUCUUUGUGUUUAUCUACUGGAUCCAAGGAUAUGAUAUUUGGAAAUCAUCAUAAUUAUGAAAAUAGAAAUGAAAGAGAAAGAUAUGUAGUAAAAGAUAUAUCUUUGGCAGGGCCAUCAUCUGACACUUCUGGGGAUGGAAAUGCAGUUGCAACUUACAAACCUGGUGAAGAUUCUAAAAAUGUUGCAACAUCUGGAGUCUUGCAUACUGCAAGCACUAAUGGUUUGUCAUAUUGUUCAAAUGGGAAAGCUGAAAAUGGGACUUGUAGUGAAACAGAUGUAAACUCUGUUAUUGAUGAUGAGAUAGAGAAGCAUGGUAUGGUAAGCAAUUCUCCCAGAUCACAUACUGAUGAAAAGAAUAUGGCAUCUAAUGGUUCAGUAGUUUUAAGAGAUGCUGCUAAUAUUCUUGACAAUGAUUUCUUUCAUAGUGAUAGAUACAAUACUAGUGCUUCUGGGGGAACUGAAGCUUCAAAAUCAUUGUUGGACCUUGCUGGGGAUUAUGACAGUCACAUAACAAACCUACAAUAUGGCCAGAUGUGCAAUGGUUAUUCUGUAUCUCCAGUUGUGGUCCCUAGUUCUCCUAGGUCUCCCAAGUUUCAUAAUAGGAAUCCGUGGGAAACUGUUCGUCAAUGUUUACAAAUGAACCAUGUCAUUCAUCCUCAGGCAAACUCAAAUUGUGUUGUGGGACAACUUUACCUUGUUAAUCAUUCUGCUCUACCAAUGACCUCUUUCGGUGCAGAAGAAAAGAGAAAGCCACGAGGAACAGGCGCAUACUUCCCUAAUAUGAAUUCACGUCCAUACAGGGAUAAUAGGCCAAUGCCAGGUAGGGGAAGGGGUCAAGCUCCGGGUACCCAUGGGCAUUUGCAGAGAUACCCUCGUAACAAUGGGUUGGCUCUAGCUCCACAAGAGUUGAAUUUGCCUGUCGAAGGAAGUUUUGAACCUGCUCUAGAAGGAUAUCCUGCUCUUGGUAAUGGUAAAGCCAGAUCUUCGGAAACCUAUUUUUCUCAACCUUCCACAUGGAGUUCACGCCAUGCUAAUGGUUUCCCGCACUUAUCUGACAAACACGAGUCAGGCUCUGUGAGCCCUCAGCUUCGUGGACCCCCAAGAACUGAAGUGAGCAAUCACCCAGAGCCAGGCGUUUCUACUUCUAGGGUAUCUGUGCCUAACAUGGGGAUAAUGACAGAGGAGAGGUCAAAUUCGUUGUCUGUUGCAGAUCCCAAAAGGAUUGAAGUGCAAGCUUAUCAUUUGAAGAAUGAAGAGGACUUUCCUCCACUUUGCAACUGAGUGCCAGUGAAGGAUGAUGAAUAUGUAAUAGCAUUAACAAUAAUGGUCAAUACAGGAAAAUAUUAUUACUUGCCUACCUUUCAGCUGGUGGAACCAAAGGAUGGCGAUUUUGUAAGAAUUAAGAAGUAAGAUCAAAUGUGGAUUCGUCUCAAAAAUGAAGUUCGCUUCCAUCAACACUGUUUCUUCUAGAGAUUGAUGAACGUUAGAAAUGAGAGUACAAUAUAAGUAGGUAAAUGCUGGGAGUAGCCAUAGAUGCUAACAAACUAGAUUAAACUAGGUCGAGUGAUGUGUUAUCCUUAUUUCGGUUUUCUUGCUCAAGUUGGUAUUUUGUACAAAAGUGCAUGUAUAUUCUGGUAACUUUUUUUUUCCUCUCCUGCAUCCGUUUUUAUUUUUCAAUAUUUAGGGAUGUAUAUAUCGGGUGAUUUCCUGAAGUUGAGUUUAUAGUUUUGUUCUGUUUGUAGCUUUGAAGUGUAAAAUAGAAAUAAUUUAGAUAUCUUACUGGAAUGGAUACCCAUAAUUUUGUGUCAUUGGAUUUA